AUGGAGAGCUGGGGGGGGGGCGGCCUCCUGGUGGGCAGCCGGAGGGCCGCGAAGGCCGCCUGCGGGUCUCUGCCUGCCGUUUCCAGACUCUGCGGGAUUCUGGCGACCAACCGCUGGGGGUUCCCGUCGGAGCCGGCGCCGAGGAAGCCGGGGGAGGCUGCGACAGGGAGAUGCUCCGGCCGUCCGUCGGGCCGUCGGUGGGUGGGUGGGUGUGCGGGAGGGCAGCGCCCGCGCGCUCCAGACAGCCUCCUGUCUGGGCGGGGCGGGCGGCUGCAAAGAGGCGCUGCCAUUGGCUGCCGGGCCGGGCGGAUUUGCAUAGCGGCAGCUAUUAAAGCUUCUCCGGAGGCGCCGCGCCGGCUUCGCGGCUGCAGCGAGGCGAGCGGCGACGGGGCGGGAGCUGCCGCCAGCCGCCCUCGCAGAGGCUCGAGCGCCCGGCCAGGCGGCCCAGGGGAAGCGACGAUGACCCGCCCGGCCUCUUCCUCCUGCUGCUGCUGCCGCCGCCGCUGGGCCGGGGCGGGCCGGGCGCUGCUGGGGCUGCUGCUGUGCUUGGCCGGGCUGCGGCGCGCCGCGGCGGGGAAGACCCUGCGCUACGGCACCUUGGAGGAGGACCCGCCGGGCACGGUGAUCGGCACGCUGGCCGAGGAGCUGCCGGCGGCGCCGGGCGGGGAGGCGCGCAGCUUCCGCCUGCUGCAGCGCUCGGGCAACGGCUCGUGGGCGCGGGUGGAGGUGCGCGAGCGGGACGGGCAGCUGAGCGUGGGCGCCGAGCGGCUGGACCGGGAGGCGCUGUGCGCGCCGUCGGAGGCGCCGUGCGUGCUGGCCUUCGACGUGGUGAGCCUGGGCGGGCGGCGGGGCGCGGCGCAACACUUCGGCCUGGUGCACGUGGAGCUGGAGGUGCGGGACAUCAACGACCACGCGCCGCGCUUCCCGCAGGCCGAGGUGGCGCUGGAGGUGUCGGAGAGCGCGGCGCCGGGCACCCGCCUGCCGCUGCCCCUGCCCCACGAUCCCGACGCCGGGGCCAACGGCGUGCAGAGCUUCGCCCUGGCGCCGCCGCACGGCCCCUUCGGCCUGGAGACGCAGAGCCGAGCCGACGGACGCCGCUGCGCCGAGCUGGUGUUGCUGAGCCCGCUGGACCGCGAGGCGCAGGCCGCCUACAGCCUGGAGCUGCUGGCCAAAGACGGCGGCAGCCCGGCGCGCUCGGGCACGGCCACUCUCCGCGUGCGGGUGCUGGACGCCAACGACCACGCGCCCGCCUUCCCGCGCGGCGCGCUACUGACCGUCGAGCUGCCAGAGGACGCGCCGCCGGGCGCGCCCCUCCUCGACCUGGACGCCGCCGACCCGGACGAGGGCGCCAACGGGCAGCUGCUCUACUCGUGGGGCAGCCAGGUGCCGGCCGAGGCGCGCGCCCGCUUCGCCCUGGACGCGCGCUCGGGCCGCCUCAGCCUGCGCGCCCCCGUCGACUACGAACUCCAGCGCGCCUACGAGCUCGACGUGCAGGCCAGCGACCGCGGCGCCACCCCGCUGGCCGCCAGCUGCAAGGUGCUGGUGCGCCUCCUGGACGUCAACGACAACGCGCCCGCCCUGGCCGUCAGCGCCCUCUCGCCGCCCCCCGAGGAGGAGCCCCGCCAGCGGCCCCCCGACGCCGGCCUGCUUGCCUACGUGAGCGAGGCGGCGCCCCCCGAGAGCCUGGUGGCGCUGGUCAGCGCCUCGGACGCCGACGCCGGGGCCAACGGGCAGGUGCGCGUCGCCCUCCUGCCCGCCCCGCAGCUGCCCUUCGCCCUGCAGCGCGCCUACGAGGCCAGCUACGCCCUGCUCACCGCCGGGCCCCUGGACCGCGAGCGCGUGCCCGAGUACAACCUGACGCUGGUGGCCGAGGACCUGGGCUCGCCCCCCGCCAAGACCGUGCGCCACCUCACCGUGCGCCUGACCGACGAGAACGACAACCCGCCCCGCUUCGCCCGGCCCCGCGCCGAGGUGGCGCUGCCCGAGAACAACCCGCCCGGCGCCUACCUGGCCGCCCUCCGCGCCUCCGACCCGGACCUGGGGCCCAACGGCCAGGUCACCUACCGCCUCCUCGACAGCCAGGUCCUGGACGCCUCCAUCGCCACCUACGUCUCCGUGGACCCGGCCACGGGCGCCCUCUACGCCGUGCGCGCCUUCAACUACGAGCUCCUGCGGCAGCUGGAGGUGAGCGUGCAGGCCACCGACGGCGGCUCCCCGCCCCUCUCCAGCACCGCCGUGCUCCAGGUGCGCGUCGUCGACCAGAACGACAACGCGCCCGUCAUCACCCACCCGCCGCUGCGCAACGGCACCCUGGAGAUCGGCGUGUCCAGCAAGGCCGCCCGCGACUCCCUGGUGACGCACGUCCAAGCCCGGGACGCCGACGCCGGCAGCAACGCCGAGCUCAGCUUCGCCCUGCUCGCCCAGCCGCAGCCGCAGCCGCCUCCCGGGGCGCUCGACCUCUUCGCCAUCAGCCAGAGCACCGGCGAGAUCUCCUUGGCCCGCAGCCUCUCGGAAGAGCAGCUGGGCCACGUCUAUCGGGCGCUCCUGGCCGUGACCGACAGCGGCCGCCCCCCGCUCUCCACCACCGCCACCGUCAGCUUCGUGGUCACGGCCGACGCGCCGCCCCCCAGCAGCCGGGACGCCGCCGCCGCCGCCUCCAAGCCCGGCUCGUGGGAAGGGCCGGCGGUGCAGUGGGACGUCCCCUUGAUCGUUAUCAUCGUGCUGGCCGGGAGCUGCGCCUUGCUGCUGGGCGCCAUCGUCACCAUCGCCACCACCUGCGACAAGCGCCGCAAGGGGAAGGAGGGGCCGGCCCCGGAGGAGGCCCUGCACGACUCCCCCCGCGAGAAGGGCAGGCAAGCGGGCCCCGCCAGCCCCGCCCCCAGCGCCUUCCAAGGGCGCUCCUUCCCCAGCCCCGAGCGCUCGCCGGCCGGCGCAGAGGUCCCCGCUUCCCAGAACAGCCGAGAGAGCACCACCAGUCUAUACGACGGUCAGAGCGCGCCCCGGGAGCCCAGCGCAGAGUCCUAUGCCUCCACGCCCAGCUACAGCAAGGAGCCGGGCCCCCCAGCGGCCAUGUGGAAGGGCCAUUCCUUCAACACCAUCUCGGGCCGGGAGGCAGAGAAGUUCAGCGGCAAAGACAGCGGGAAGGGCGACAGUGACUUCAACGACAGCGACUCCGACAUCAGCGGGGAUGCCUUGAAGAAGGAUCUCAUUGCUCACAUGCAGAACGGGCUGUGGGCGUGCACUGCAGAAUGCAAGAUCCUGGGCCAUUCAGACCGGUGCUGGAGCCCCUCCUGCGGGCGCCCCAAUCCUCACGCCUCCCCCCACCCCAAGGCCCAGCUCUCCACCUUCUGCAAAAGCACCUCGCUCCCCAGGGACUCACUGCACCGGGACCACUUCUACCAGGCACAGCUGCCCAAGACGGUGGGGCUGCAGAGCGUCUACGAGAAGGUCCUGCAUAGGGAUUUUGAGAGGACACUCACGCUGCGAUCCCCUCCUCACCCAGGGCGGCUGCCAGACCUCCAGGAGAUCUCAGUGCCCUUAUUCCAGGACUCUCCUGUGCACUACUUAGGGCCUUCCUCGGAUGCUACUCAGAAAGUUUAA